AUGAGGAUCGCUAGUCUCUUAUUCAUUGCUUUCUUUUGUCAAGUAUGCCAUGGGAAGAAGAAUUAUCGUGUAAAGAAAAGGCUUGAGGAAGAGCAAAGGAAGAAAGCAGAAGAGGCUGAGGCAAAGCGAGCGUUAGAGAAGAAUAAGCUACAAACUCUUAAUUCACAGGGGUAUGAACCCGUUACAACAUCUAAAGAACCAGGGACUGUAGAGAGAUCUAGUGGUAAAAAGCCUGUUAAACCUAAUACACAAGCUAAAGAAGAACCAGCUCCACCUAAAGAGGAACAGCCACCAGCUAAUCCUAAGGCUACUGGACCAGUAAAGAAGGAUCAGGGAGUUCAUAGACCUGUUUUUCAGCAAGCUACAUCGCAGGCAAAUGCACAACCAGCUGCUAAAUCUGUCAAACAAGCACCAAAACCGGCUCAACUACCCGCUAGUACAGUCCAACAGGUUAAUAAACGGUCUAUUGAACAACCGAAGGAACAAAAUGUUAAGCCUACUCUUCUAACUGAUCUCAAAUCCGGGGUUGAUUCUUCACGAUUCGAUGUACAAGAAGUAAAGGAAGGAGAUUUUUCUGUCCUUACUCUAAAGGAAAAGAUUGAUGCCAAUAUUCCUAUGCUUUUCUUUAACGGUCAACUGGUCUGGCGGAGUGAAUAUCCCAAUGACUCAUGUUCAUCAGCCGCCUUUUACUUUGGACAAGACAAUGAACCUGUUGCAGCCACAUUUAGAUUCAAGACCAAGGAUCACAAGACGGUGGAAGGUUACCGCAAAUUCUGUAAUAACAAGUGGCUGCAAGUCAACAAGAAGACCUUUUAUGAACUACUUGCAAGUUCAACAUCCUGA